AUGACUUGUGUAGUUUUGGCGGAUAGCUGCUGCAUUUAUGCAUUUAUAUCGUCCUUGAUUACAUCCUCGAGUGAAAAAUUAGAAGUCCUUACCAAUUUGGUUCAACAGUUAGCCCUGACAGUGGCUAAUAAUGUCGGUAAUCAGGGGGAAAAACCACAACAGCACCCUCAGAACAACAGAGCCAAUGAAGACAAAACCUUGAGGAUAGAAAUACCUGAAUUUGAUGGACACUCUGCAGACCCAGAAAUGUACUUGGACUGGAAAGCCAGCCUUGAAAGAUAUUUUGACUUUAAAGAUACACCACAAGAGCAACAGUUUAAGCUAGCUAAAAUCAAAUUAACUAAACUAGCAGUUGUGUGGUUGGAAGGGGUUCAAAAGCAGAGAAGGAGGGAGGACAGGGAGAGAAUCAACACUUGGGAGAAACUAAGGAAACAUUUAAGAAGGAAGUAUGUCCCACGAAAUUAUAUACAACAGCUAUACAUGCAAUGGGGCACUUUGAGGCAGGAUAAUAGGUCUGUGUCAGAGUACAUACAGGAAUGGAAAAGGUUAUCAGGAGUGUGUGACACCAAUGUGACUGAAGAGAUGAAGGUUAGGAAGUUUAUAGGGGGAUUAAGGGAAGACUUGAGAAGGAAAUUGGAGUUGACUCCAAACCUCACCUUUAGCCUAGCUUGCAGCAAUGCCUUGACCCUUGAAAAAUAUUCUAAGAAUAAACCCAACACAGGUAGUGCCUACAAUAGACCAAUGAGGAGCAAUAAUUUGAGAAAUGUAGGAGCACAGACACACACUAUUAAACAGGUUGCUGCACAAGACAGGACUCCACCCUUGUCCAACACAACUAAGGACAGAAACCCUAGAGAUCUGAGAGGGGUGGUUUGCUUCAAAUGCCAUGGACAUGGUAACAUAAAGAGUGAGUGUCCUAAUGCUAGGGCCUUCACUGUGCAGGAGUGGACAGAAAUUAGGGAAGGAGGCAGACCUAGGGCUAUGUUAGUCAGCAAAAAUGGAACGGAAAAGGUGGUUUGGCCUUCCACAUUAAGGGAGGAUCCUGAUGGUUCCUACUUUGUUAAUGGUGAAGGGGUUUUAGAGACCUUUCAAGGCACUGAUGAGAGUGAGGAAGAGGAGGAUAGGGAGACCAAGUGUAAAAUUAAGGACAAAGUUUGUGACUUAAUCAUAGAUGGAGGUAGUGAGACCAAUUGUGUGAGCAAGGAUUUGGUUCAGACCCUAGACGUGGAAACUAAAUCACAUCCUCACCCUUAUAAAUUGAAAUGGCUAGAUAGCGAAGCUAAUGGUUAUGUGAAGAAGAGAUGCUUGGUUCAAUUUGCUAUAGGUUCAUACAAGGAUAAGGUGCUUUGUGAUAUGUUAGAUAUGACUGCCUGUCAUGUGCUCCUAGGCAGACCCUGGCAGCAUGACAGAAAGACACUACAUGAUGGAUACACCAAUGUUUUUACCCUGAGACAUGAAGGGAAGCUUAAGGAUCUUAUGCCCCUGCCACCUCACAAAGCCUUACCCCCACAGAAACCAAAGAGCAGUGUGUCUUUGAUGAGCAGGAAAGUGAGUAUAAAGGAAGUUAGGAAAGAAGGGAAAGCCUUCCUGUUGUUUAGCAAGGAAGUCAAGCAGGAGAGUAACACCCUAGAUCCUAGGAUCACUGACCUACUAGAGCAAUAUGAUGAUGUUUUUCUAGCAGAAUUACCAGCAGGGCUAACCCUAAUAAGGGGUAUUGAACACCAAAUUGACCUUAUACUAGGGGCUGCACUUCCUAACAAACCUGCAUAUAGAGCUAAACCUGAUGAGACAAAGGAGUUGCAAAGACAAAUACAGGAACUAAUGGAUAGGGGAUAUGUUAGAGAGAGUAUGAGCCCAUGUGCUGUUCCAACAUUAUUUGUGCCAAAGAAGGAUGGGACUUGGAGGAUGUGUGUGGAUAGUAGGAGUGUGAACAACAUCACAAUAAAAUAUAGAUUCUGUAACGGACAGUUCUUUUCUAAUGAAGGUUUAUUAUAA